UUUAAUCCAGCUCUUACAGGAACUGUCAGCUCAUUUCACACUUCUCCUGUCUCCUGUCUCCUGGAUUGUGUGCCGCAUUACCUUCUUCUCUACAACUAUAGAGCAACAGUUGACCUUCAAACAACAAGGAUGGCAAGCACCUUCUCCAGAGUGCUGACUGGUCGUAGGACAGCCAUGCUGCUUGCCAGCCUCGGGACUGGAGCUCUGGCUACUGGCUACCUCAUGAGUAACAUCAAUUACGCAAGGGCCAUUGAGAGGAGAAAACUCUACCCUCCCAGUGCUGACUUUCCUGACCUCCGCAAACACAACAACUGCAUGGCCACGAACCUCACCCCAGCCAUAUACUCCAGACUGAGGGACAAAGUCACCCCCAAUAACUGGACCCUGGACCAGUGCAUACAGACUGGGGUGGAUAACCCUGGCCACCCCUUCAUUAAAACAGUGGGGAUGGUUGCCGGCGAUGAGGAAAGCUACGAGAUAUUUGCUGACAUAUUUGACCCGGUCAUUAAGGAGAGGCACAAUGGCUAUGAUCCACGCUCAAUGAAGCACUACACUGACCUGGACAGCAGUAAGAUCACCCACGGCCAGUUUGACGAGCGCUACGUGCUUUCGUCCCGAGUGCGUACCGGCCGCAGUAUCCGUGGCCUCAGCCUGCCGCCUGCCUGCUCCCGGGCCGAGAGGAGGGAGGUGGAGCAUGUUGCUGUCCAGGCCCUUGCUGGACUCAAGGGUGACCUGGCUGGACGUUACUACCGCCUGGGGGAAAUGACCGAGCAAGAGCAGCAGCAGCUUAUUGACGACCACUUCCUGUUUGAUAAGCCAGUUUCCCCUUUGUUGACUUGUGCUGGGAUGGCACGUGAUUGGCCAGAUGCCAGAGGAAUCUGGCACAACUUUGACAAGACCUUCUUGAUAUGGAUUAAUGAGGAGGACCACACCAGGGUCAUCUCCAUGGAGAAGGGUGGAAACAUGAAGAGAGUCUUUGAAAGAUUCUGCCGGGGACUGAAGGAGGUUGAAAGGCUUAUCUGUGAGCGAGGCUGGGAGUUCAUGUGGAACGAGCACCUGGGGUAUAUACUGACCUGCCCCUCUAAUCUGGGCACUGGACUGCGUGCCGGGGUGCACGUAAAGAUCCCCAACCUCAGCAAGGAUCCGCGCUUGUCCAAGGUCCUGGACAAUCUGAGACUUCAGAAACGCGGCACUGGUGGUGUGGACACAGCUGCUGAGGGAGAUACAUUCGACAUUUCCAAUUUGGAUCGUAUUGGCAGAUCUGAGGUGGAACUUGUUCAGCUGGUGAUCGACGGGGUCAACUAUCUCAUUGAUUGUGAGAAGAGACUGGAAAAGGGUCAGGACAUCAAAGUGCCACCACCCAUCUCCCAGUUCAGAAAGUGAGCUCCGACUGUCUGAACAAUAGAGACGUACCACAGCACGGGGCAACACACGAGUCCUGCUUCCUGGGAACUGCUGCAAAACUGAAGGUCUUACAUCUAUACUAGCCUCUUAAAUAGUUACUGUUCAAAAUAAACCUUUCAAAUGUAAGCUAUUCUGUGUCUGUGUUUAUUCUUCCUAACAAGCUUGGUAGACCUUCCUUUCAUCGAUACGGAGUGUAAGACAUAUGUCCACACCCCCGUAUCUACGUUAAAAAUAAAAUGAUAAAAAGUGGCCCUUAUUUUGAGCCGUUUACAGAGUCCAAUCUGAUGGAAGCAAUAUAAUUUUGACACAAAAUCCAUAUCAGUAGUUGCUAUUAUUACACAAGAUAAUAAUUUGAACAUCUCAGUACAAAUACAUAUGUUAAUCGCUGCUGCUAAUACCACUGCAGACCUAGCAAAGGGCAAUGCAUUCAUUGCCUGAAUUCGAGUUUGCCCUUUGUUACUGUCCUCUGUAAAUAGGUCAGUGUAAAAUGCAGAGCAACAUACAGGAACUGUGAUUUGAGAUUGAAAGAAUCUGUCCGACUGCAGUGUAGUUUUUAGAUUUACAUGUUCUUUUUUUAUACUGUCUGCUCUUGGUAUAUGUAUGAUCUUUGCAAUAUUCUGAUUGGAACUGAAAUACUAAAUCUGUUGGGAUUUCUUUUGGAAACCCACUUUUAACUUUUAGGAUUGUGGCUGGUACUCCAUGACCAUGUGAAGUUUUGAUCAGUAAAUCUAAACUUAAUACAACUCAAUAAAAGAAAAUCCAAGCUAUGGACUACAGUUUGUGUGUACUGUGUGUGUGUGAAGGCAUGGACACUAUACAUGCACAUCAACCUUUCCUGUUGCAUUCCAUUGGAUUAUAUCAUUUGACAUUAAGAAGGCAGAGCCAUGUCUCUGAUCAGUCUUUAGUUAUAAUUAAAGCACAGCUACUGUAUUUUAUUUGCUGUAUUUCCUGAGUUUUAUGGUCACUACAUUGGCUUCCCUUGAAGCAACGGAUUUAUUUGAAAACACUGCUCCUCUAUUCCAAGGCUAUCAAUGGCACUGGCCCUGCCUGUCUAAGUGAGUUACUUAUUCCCUCUAAACCAACUUGUACUUUGAGAUCGGCAAAUGAUGGCCUCUUGAUCAUUCCAAGAGCUCUAUUGAAAACCUGAGGGUGCCACCUUGUACCCGGAAUGCUGAGUCUGUCCCUAUUUCUAACCCUAAGCAUGUCCCUUUGAUUUAGCCUUUCACCAGCAAGCAGUUCGGAGCUCUUUUGACUUGCUGUUUAUUUGUGUAAAGUGCCCUGGGAUGUGUGUACAUGAAGGAUGUUAUAUAAGUGAAAUUGGUAUGGUAAUGUUGAAUUGUUUUUGUUUUGUAAGAUUAAAGUGUGCUCCACAGCGCUUCACUAUC